AUAAAGGAUGUCCAUCGUAACAAGAUUUGCUUCAUAUUUCAUUAAGAGCAGAGUCAUCAACUACUCAUUGUAGGUGGAUAGAAUAAUGACUGAGAUGUGCAAGGCUGGGUUCCAAGACCCAGAGGAAGGAUUCCUGGAAAGAGACCCAAUGAGUUAUUAUGAAUGCAGAUUCUACUCUCACAUAGCUAGAAACUGGACUCCCAGACUUGAAUCAUUUGAAAAGGAAUAAUACGAAUUGGCAAGAAAUAAGUUUGUUCAAUUUGAAGACCUCUACUCCUUCAUCUUGACUUUACACAGAGCAACAUGGGAAUACAGAUCACUCUAUUUGGAAUUAACCAAAGAAAUCGCCACUCACAAUACUUGGUUCAGAAGUGAGCAUACAACCUUAACUUAUGAACAUCACUUGGAGGAAGCCAUAAACAAGUACAUCAAUCUUUUGGAUCAAUUGAAGGAAUAUCCAUUGUGGCAAGAGAGAGUCAAAGAGGAAAUUGGAUAUUAUUUGCAUCUUAUCUACAACUCUACCACUCAUUCAGGUUAGAGUAAGGAAUUGUUUGCUAAAUUUGAUAAAUUAUAUUUCUUCAAAUGAUUGCAAUCAUAUGAAAAUAUUAGUAUUUGCAUAAAUAUAUAUAAAUAUUUCAUCAUAUUUGUUUGA